GUUGACAGCGCCUGUAGAAGCUGCGCUUCCGGGGACCGAUGUUAGUCAGAAAUGACCGAGAAAAAUAACAUUUGACUCUUUGUGACAGCUUCACUGGCAUGUGGUGACAGUUCACUUAUGUGAUACAGACAGGAGUGACUGUUCUUAACUCUGCAGAGUCCUCCCCAGCAUUAUGAUCCCCACUUUAAUGAACGUGGUUAAGCCACCUCCUCACACCAGUGACUACUCCACCAGUAUCUCUGUCACAAAGCUCCCCAUCUUUGGUAGAAUUCACUUUGUCAGAGACCGAGAAGGAAUAACAUGUGUUUCUAUAACAGCUCUUUACUGGCUGUACGGGACAUUCGCCACCCUGUACUUCAUUUUACUUCCGCAGUACAGAGAGGGCAUUGUAAGCCCUGGGUUCAUACUGGUAUACAUGUGUGUGUCAGCUGGCACUAUCAUCUCCUUAUUCCGAGCAGCCACGCUUAACCCUGGCAGAGUACCACUUGUCACAGAUCUGGAAGCUGGAGCUGAUUGGACACCAUGCCAUGUGUGUAAUAGGCCCCGCCCACCGCAGGCUCAUCACUGUCGCCGCUGUCAACAGUGUGUGCUCCGGAUGGAUCAUCAUUGUCCAUGGAUAAACAAUUGUGUAGGAGAGGAGAACCACUAUAUGUUCAUCUUGCUGAUCGCCUUUGCCUUUCUCCUUGGAUUUCUCACUUUUAUUUUAUGUAUGCUCCAUUUUUGGGUUUACCCUAAAUGCCAGCUGUGUGAUAGAGAGGCUUUUUUAAUUAAACAUAGUAUAUGGUUUUUAUACCUGCUGACUGUGAUGGGGGCUGUCAUGGCAACAGUCAUGUUUUUUAUGAUGGUUGGUCAACACAUCAACCUGGUGCUGGGCAGAACAACCCUGGAUAAUCUUCAGGACCCCCAUCCUGACCCAGCACAAUUCCGUGUGCGGGCAUGUAUGGGAGCAUAUCGAGAGUUGUUUGGGGAGGUAGUGCCCUAUUCUGGCCUUUCCCUUGUAGGAACCGCCAAUACAGAAGUGUUCAUUACCACCCAGUCUGAGCUCUCUGACCACUCUGAGCCCUCUGACCACUCUGACCCGUCAUCCUAACCCCUCAGUGGAUUCUGCUAGCACCAAGCAUGACCAAUUUUAUCUGUGUUAGAUGUGACAUUAAAACAUCAAGACCUCUGUGAUUACUUUGUACGAUGUACAUGUAGAGAAUAGGAUGUACAUGUAGGGAAUAGAAUGCACAUGUAGAGAAUAGAAUGCACGUGUAGGGAAUAGGAUGCACACGUAGGGAAUAGAAUGCACGUGUAGGGAAUAGGAUGCACAUGUAGGGAAUAGAAUGCACGUGUAGGGAAUAGGAUGCACAUGUAGGGAAUAGAAUGCACGUGUAGGGAAUAGGAUGCACAUGUAGGGAAUAGGAUGCAGGUAUAGGGAAUAUGAUGCACGUGUGGGGAAUAUGAUGCACGUGUGGGGAAUAUGAUGUACAUGUAGGGAAUAGAAUGCACGUGUAGGGAAUAGAAUGCACGUGUAGGGAAUAGGAUGUACAUGUGGGGAAUAGGAUGUACAUGUGGGGAAUAGGAUGCACAUGUAGGGAAUAAGAUGCACGUGUGGGGAAUAGGAUGUACAUGUGGGGAAUAUGAUGCACGUGUGGGGAAUAUGAUGUACGCAUAGGGAAUAUAAGGCAGCAUGGUUGUCAGAAGUUGUGAUGAAGUGAGAGUAGUGAUUAGAUUUACCCAGGUAAUGCGUUCAUGGUGAUACUAAUUUCAAUACCUGCAUUCAGGUUCAGCAGGACUUUGGUGUUUCUUGUAAUAUUUUUAAAUACGUUAACAUGUGUGUAGAAUUAGAGAUAUUUUCUUUUUUUAAGGGAAAACAUAUGUAUAAAAGAUAAAGCUUUUGAAAAAGCACGAGGUAUUAAAGGGUUUUGUAGAAUGGGUGUUCAAGAGGGAGGAGGUCUAUUUUGGGAACAAAUCUAAGGGUAACACUAUAAAUAUCUUCAUACUGUGUCUCACUUUUUUGGAGAUUGGUGAAAAUGACCCUGACUUUGACAUAGGACAAGUUUUCAUUCACAUGGAGGCAAACUCUGCGUUUUUGAUUAUAGAGAAGAUUUAUAGAGGAAUAUGGUGAAGAGGGCUUGAAGGUAAAUUUAGGUGGGGUACUAAUUUAAAUGGAUUUAUAGACACAUUUAGUUUUGCCAUUCCAGAAGUCCAACCGACCCCUUGCUCAUUACUGGAGUUUUAGUCCACGUUCUACAUUAGUUGUGGUUGUGAGGAUACAAAUGUUCAGUGUGUAAAAUUUCAUUCUGUCAGUACAAAUGUUCAGUGUGUGCAGUUUCAUUCUAACAAUACAAAUGCUUAAUGUGUGCAGUUUCAUUUUAACAGUACAAAUGUUCCAUAGGUACAAUUCAUUCUAAUAAUACAGAUGUUUAAUGUGUGCAGUUUCUUUCUAACCAUACAAUUGUGCCAUGGGCACAAUGCAUUCUAACAGUACAAAUGCUCAGUGUGUUCAGUUUCAUUCAAAUGUCCCAUGGAUACAUUGCAUUCUAAUAGUACAAAUGGUUAUUUUCUUCAGCACACUCUAUGAUAAGAAUGUUAAAGGUGUCCAAUGCAUCCUAUGGAUACAAAUAUGUUCAAUAUGAACAUAUUCUAACAUUAUGAAUGUUUAAUGUGCCUGGUGCAUUUUUAAAAUACAAAUGUUUAUGAACUGUGUUACAAUUGGCUUUACACCGACCCGCCCCAUCUGUGUAAAAUUUACAAGUAUUCCUCCAAGAGAAGAAUAAAAUAUAUUUUUCUCAGAGUGGAAUUUGAUCCCCAGUAAAAAUGCUUAACUCUUCACUUCUGAAAUAUUUUACUGCCCUAAACUGGUGACUGUAACCCUACAAAUUAUUAUUUUAAUAUAAAGCGUUGCCUUAGAUUAUCAUGACAAAAUUGAAAAUUAGCAUUUGGGUUGAAAUAAUAUGACAAGUUGUAGUGAGUCUAAGACAGCUUUGAGAUCCCAUGGCCAGGGUUGAACUCUAGCUGUAUGCAGAUUGCCGUGUAUAAAGGCCUCAGAAGGGCCUGUAUUUGCUUGUCUUCCCUUUCCAUGGUUGGUGCUCAGCAUAUUGGGAUAUAGCAUGUACAGGAGCCGAUUCAAAGAACCGUAUUUGACAAAACCAAAAUGUAAUAUGUCACCAGAAUGCUUACUUUGUGGAACUUGAUGUUGAAAUCUUGGCAAAUUUGUACUAAGAUGGAUUUUAUAAAAUGAUUAAACUUUUAAUUUCUACAGCCCUAACACAACCCGUAAAGUCUUAUUUCAAAUUUUGACUUAAGUGUAGGAAUGGCUUUGUAGGAUGAUCCCCGUGGUUGACCAGGUGAUGUUGGCUGGUUCCAGCAACAUAUUGAGUGUCUCUGACAAGGCUCUGCUGUGAUGUAGCAGUAUACAUCUAUGUGUAUACCCUUUCCACAAAGGCACAAGGUAGUAGGAAGGCUGAAAUAAUGUUCAGUGAUGUAGGUAUUCAAGUUCCUGAACAGCUGCUCAAAGAAACAUUCCUGCAACAUUGUAUUUCACCUCAAGUUUAACAUUUUUCAAAUGACACAUUUGGCUUGAUUUUGGUUGGUUCAACUACUGUAUGACUUUUUUUUGUUGUUGAAUUUGAUAAAAUUCUGAUCGGAGAACCUGAAGUGUUUGUGCCGAAAGUGUCGUUUUAAGGCCCUUAGGUGCUUCUGAAAGAGCAUUUCUACAUACCAAACUUUAUCUGAAAUAUAGUGUACUUCUUAAUACAUUUAUUACAUGUUUACAACCUGUACAUGUUUGUUUGUAUUCAUAAUCAUGGCAUGAAGUAAAACAACAGCAUAAGCGUUACAGGUCUAACUGUACCGUUCACAUAAUUCACUUUUCCCAUAUCAAUUUUAUCUAUUUUGUAAUUUUGUACAUAGUUGUUCGCUACUAAAAUGAUGUGUGUAACAAAAUGUCCAUGAACAUUGUUCACCUGAAGUAUUUUUUUCUCCAAAGUACAUGUAAAGAAAAGGGUGGUGGGGAUUUUUCUUUUGUUUUUGUUUUUUAAUAAAGCAUAUUAUGAUAACUAUAUUUAUGUGGGUUAAUUAAUGAGUAGACCUGUCCUAGAGUAGUUGUGCGCUAGAGGUUUGCUAAAGAGAGUCAGACUUGCACAGUAUCUGUUAGACAGAGACUUACUGUUAUUAAAGGUGGAAAAGACAUAAAAAUUACACAGAGCUCAGAUGAAAGAGUGUGAAAAGUUAGUUGAAAAUGUGGUCUUUAAUUUUUUUUUAUUUUUCUUUAAAGAAAAAAGGUACAAUUAAAAAUAGUUUUGUAUGGGUGGGGGUGGGGGGGUGUAUUAGGGACCACCUUUUGGCAUAUGUAGUCUUUGUGUAAUAAUGUAUGAAGGAGGAUGUAACAAAUAUUUAAUAAAUACGUUUGCACUAGAAUUUGAUCUUUUCAGCUAACAAAUGUGUUCAACCUGCAUUUUGAUCAAAUUUAUAUUUUUAAUAUAUUCAUAAAUAUUAUGAGAACAACUUUAUAUUCAAAUAUAUUUUUAGACAUGCAUCACAUCGUUUUUUAGAACAUUAUUAUGCAACAAUGAUAAGUACCAAAAGGUGGUCCCAAAUAUCCAGCAUACACAAAUAAUUUCAGUACCCUCUUUUCCUGAAACAAAAAAUCGCAACAAAUCUUAAAGACCAUAUUUUGCAAUAAAGUUUUGUCGCCUUUUCAUCUGAUUUCAUCUGGACUUUCCGUAGAUAGUGUAAAAUCAUCUAGCCCUAACUUGCCCAUAUUUUUAUAUACAGUUGACCCAACACAGACAUUUUAGGUUAUAUUUUCCCUUUUCUCCAAAGCCUUAUGAUGAGCGUAGCUAAUACCCAGUAAGAAUGCCAGCUGUAUCUGCUGUGAUUUCCAUAUGAAAGGUUAAAAAAGGAUGUCUUGGCACUAAAUUGUUUUGUGCAUGGAGGGAGACUUUUCAUUCGUUACUGCUGUUUUCAGCAUCUGGUACAACAUGAUCAUUACAUGUAGUUGGUGAAAAACUCAGAGAAGGUACAAGCGGUUUACUGUAAUUGAGUCUCUUUAAUGUUCAUCGCAUGUGGCAGCCUUGCAAAACAAAAUGUCAGCUACGUGUGCAUGUAACCGUGUUAACUUUAGUACAUGUGCUAUUAAAAGAUAAUGGGACAAGAAAGA